AUUCCCCUUUACCCUGUCGCCUAUCUCGGAUAAGCCUGUCUUUCAUAUCUAUCAUCUCAGCCGAAUGCUGCGCCAUGUCUGGUCUGCAGGCUUGUUCCCUCAUGUGGACCAUGCACCGGUAACACCUCUAUCUCUACCUCCACCGCUGAGAAGCCAACCGCUCCUGAACUGUCUAUUUUAUCGUUGAUAGACAUGGACGUUGAUAGCCGCGGGGGGUCUCCUGAUGAGGGAUUCGAUUGCUCUUCCGUCUGGUUCGAAGACGGGAACAUCAUCGUUCAAGCGGAAUCCACUCAAUUCCGCGUCUAUCGCGGCAUAUUAGCCAUGAACUCCUCUGUUCUCCGGGGAAUGUUCGAACUGGCACAACCAGAUGAAAAAGACAUGCAGGAUGGUUGCCCGGUUGUUCAUUUUUAUGAUUCGGCGCAGGAUGUCCGACAUUUUUUGGGCGCUCUCCAUUUCCCCCGGUACUACCACCCCUCGGAGACUACAUCCUGGGACAUAGUUUUCGCUAUGCUCCGUCUGGGAAAGAAAUACGCAGUACAUCACCUUCACGAGUCAGCCUUCAAGCAGUUUUCUGCUUUGUAUCCCAUUAAAUUCGCGGAUUGGUGCUCUAGACCUAUGCAUUCUAUACAGCGGUUUAUAGCGCGCCCCUUGGCUGUAUAUCAACUCGCAAAAGAGACGGGUCAUCUCAGUUUACUACCUGGAUGCUUGUAUAGCAUGACCACAGUCCAUAGGGGAGAAGACAUCAUUCACGGUUUUACCCUUCCUGAUGGAACGCAUGCCGAACUUGAAGCCCACGAGAAACUCCUGAUCCUUCAGAACCGGGAAAAGUUCACAGCCUAUCUAAGAGAGAACAUAUUAGGAUUUCUCUUUAGGUCACCUUCGAGUUGCCAGUCGUCGAAAAUGUGCAACUUGGUGAAGUAUGCGACCUUGCAAAAGCUUCAUGCUGACAACAGUUUGGAUCUUCCGGGUAGAGGGACAGGCUUAUUUGGCGUCGAGAUCCCGUGGGAGUCCAUUGGCCUCUGCGCUCCAUGCUACGCUGCCGCUUUUGUCCAGUGGAAGAAUGCGCGGGAAGACUUUUGGAAUAACUUACCGCAGAUGUUCGAUCUGCCAAGCUGGAAAGAGAUCGAGAAAUCAUUGGACACAGUCCUUCCUUCCCAUCGUACACGAACAAACUACGAUGCACGCGCAGUGACGCGAGGUAACCGACUCAGAUUUGGACCAGCCACAUAAGGCUCCGUUGAAAGACUGGUAAUAGUUCUGUUAUCUCCUAA